AUUGAUGAUCCCAGGGACAGGUGGGAAGGGAGAGGGUUCAGAAAUCCCUGGAGGCUGAGAGGUACCUAGAGGGAGCCAGGGGGAGGGAGAUAGCCUAUGGAAAACCUUCAUCUCUCCUGCGGAUCCCAGACAGUUCUGCCAAAACUUCCACUGGGACCGCAAAAUAGAUACAGAGGGCAGACACUUUGCUUAUGCUUUGCACACAAAGGAAUGUACAAUAAAGGCGUGAUGUUAAGUGCCUUAAAUCCUUUGGCAUAGGUUUUGAAAGCUGUAAGAUUUAUGACUUGAGAACCCUCACUUCGAGAUACGUGAAAAUUUCCUACUUGCCAAAUCGAUUCUACUUGUGUUUCUCCUCUGAGUUGAAAGACAUAGAUUUUAAAUAUCUGGCUUGCUCACAGAUUGCAUCCUAUUCUAAGUGCAGACUGGGGGAAAAGUAAGGUGUUUGCAGAAUUGGUGGAAGAAUAAACAUGAGGCCCCCAGUGGAACGCUGUGUCUACUUCACACCCUGUGCCCUGCAGGCAGAUUGAUUUCUCCCUCUUGGUGUCAUAUCACUUCUAACAUGAGUCAUUUUCUCUGAAUGCCUCAUAGGGUAAAGAUGUUAAUAAACGUACAUAUCAAGAAUUUUCUUUUCAGUUUGUGCAUGUCAGAGUGACUGAAGGUUCUUUGAUUUCUGUUCUUGUCUUUUUUGGACUGCCUGUAUAAUUUCAGGAACAAGCCUCACUUUGUUAAUGCCUCUUAAGUCUUGCCUCACCUGGCCUAGAUUGCAUGUAUUCCAGAUUGCAAGAGAGUGCUGAGGAAAGUAGCUGCAGCCAGCAACAGGCUCUAACAGCUGCGUCAUUUUCUAAGAGUCAAAGGAUAUGACUUCAAUUUCCAGGUCUGGCUUGGGCCCACUUCUUGAGAGCUGAUAUUGAAUCCACCUCAACCUAGGAGUUGGAAAUCAUUGCACUUGCUGCCUAAUUCAUAACUUAUAAGUGAUUAAACUUGCUAAGUAUUUCGAGGCUAUUACUUUCAUUCAUUUAUUCCAAACAAACAUUUGUUGUUGAAUGAAUGGUGCCUUUGAUAUAAAAACACUGUACAGGCAUAACACAACUGGCAGCUUGUAGAUAGCAAUUUUUUUUAUUUGCUCUCCUAAAGGAAUUUCAUUACCAAAUCCUCAUGAGCCUUCAACCUCAAGAAGAAUAAUCCUUUCCUUUGUUGCAGUUUUAAAUUUAGAAUAAUCAGACAAUAGUGAAGUAUUCUGUUCAAAGCAUUCCUUUUAGGCGACCCAUCUAUUAUACACUGCUCUUAAGAGGAGAUGAAUUUGAUUAGCAUUGAACAUUCAAUGUGUGGUGUUUUUUUUUUUUGCAUAGCUAAUACCAGGGAGAGGUUGUGCCUGCUGUUUAAUAUGAUUACACAGUCAACUUUUAAUUAUCUGUAUUAAUGGAACAGAAACAGUGAUAUAUAUAUAUAUGUGUGUGUGUGUGUGUGUAUAUAUAGUGAUAUAUUACAAAAUCAUUUCUUUUGAUUCUCAAAAGAAUCAUUGUAUGAUGCUUUUAUUUACUCAUGGUUUGCUUAGAUAGUAUUAAAGUUAUAUUACAUUUUGUGCAGACAGUUCAUCAGGAGAAGGGCGACAGGAAUGACCCAGGAACACAUGAGAGGCUGAGGAAAGGUCAGCCGGAAGUUAAAACUUGAUUACAGAUAAUAUCCAGCAUGAGUGAUCUGAACACUGGGACUCUUGGUUAUUAAAUAUAGAAAAAUAAACAAUUUACUACAGAUGCAAAAGAAGAAGGAUACAUCAAUAACAUUCAAGAUCUCUAGGAAUAACACGUUAUUUUUUUCCCUUCUUUUUUUGUAUUUUGAAGUUUCCUGAAAGUGAAUCUUUUAAAAAUCCUGCUCUGGUAACACUACCAAAAUGAAUACUGUUAGUUUAUGACCUAGAAAAUGUGUUCUGGGUAUCAUGGAAGAGGAACAAGGGGUGGAGGGGGAUUGAAAGUUGGACAUAUUCAUGCUUUAAAUAAUAUCUCCUGUAGUUGUGAUGGUGGCUACUGUGUAUUAUUCAAAAACAACCCUCAUCUUCCUGUUUAUUCGGCUUGUGUUUAAUGAGCACCAAAGACAGAAAGAAUUUUUUUUUUUUUGCAGAAAAUUAGCUUUGUGAAUGAGAGCCUUUUGGAUUUGCGAAGUCUUCGCAGUUAAAAAUAUAUUUCUGUAUCCAUCUACGGCAGGGUGCCUGCUCUUCUUGCCAUGUUUCAGCCUUCCUGUGGUUCAAGCGUCUUACAUUGACUUUCUCCUGUCACCUAUUCUACUCAAGCAAAAUCUUUGGGAAAAGCUCUACUGGGACUGAGCCGAUUGCAUCUGGUCUCCAGUGGAAUGAAAGCACGUGGUAUCGUUUUCCAAAGAAAUUAGACCAAAAUUUUCUCAGUGACAAGAGACAGACCUGCUGUGUUCAGAAGGAAUUUCUCACUUCUCUGUGCAAGGAACGAAGGACAGAGGAGACCUCAAAGCCCCAGCCUCUGUAGAAAGCUUCCAUGGUGAAUUAGCAAAGGCCUCUUGGGAAUUGUGAGCAGUGAAUGUUGAUCCGGAGCUGCGGCUGGCCCAGUGCGCCCUGGGGGAGAUGAUUCCUCAUGAAGAACCUGGGUCCCCUACAGCCAUCCAAUGUGACUCUCCGUGUAUCAGACUGAAAUCCCAGCGCGCCCGACAGUGAACGCAGCCACCGUGGAGGGGGGACGGCGAAAAAUGAAAUCCAACCAGGAGCGGAGCAAUGAAUGCCUGCCUCCCAAGAAGCGCGAGAUCCCCGCCACCAGCCGGCCCUCGGAAGAGAAGGCCAGCGCCGCGCCCAGCGACAACCACCGGGCGGAGGGCACGGCGGCGGCGGCGGCGGCGUGGCUCCCGGGCCAUCCGGGCAGCCGGGGCCCGGGCGGCGGGCGGCACGGGCCGGUGGGGACUUCCACCGAGCUUGGUUUACAACAGGGAAUAGGUUUACACAAAACACUGUCCACAGGGCUGGAGUACUCCCCGCCCAGUGCUCCCAGGUCGGUGCCGUCGGCCACCACGCUGCCCGCGGCAUACCCUCCGCCGCCCUCGGGGGCCCCGGUGUCUCCGGUGCAGUACGCCCACCUGCCGCACACCUUCCAGUUCAUCGGGUCCUCCCAGUACAGCGGGCCCUACGCCGGCUUUCUCCCCUCGCAGUUGAUCUCCCCCUCGGCCAACCCGGUCACCAGCGCGGUGGCCACGGCCGCGGGCGCCACCACUCCAUCGCAGCGCUCCCAGCUGGAGGCCUAUUCCACUCUGCUGGCCAACGUGGGCAGCCUGAGCCAGGCAGCCGGCCACAAGAUCGAGCCGCAGCCGCCACCGCAGCAGCCGCAGCACCUGGGCCGGACCCCGGGGCUCCUGGCCGCGGGGUCCCCUCCGCCCACCCCGCAGAACCAGUAUGUGCACAUCUCCAGCUCUCCGCAGAGCGCGGGGCGCACGGCCUCCCCGCCGGCCAUCCCCGUCCACCUCCACGCGCACCAGGCCAUGAUCCCGCAUGCGCUCGCCCUGGGCCCGUCCUCCCAGGUGGUGGUGCAGUACGGCGGCGACUCCGGCGGCCACUUCGUCCCCCGCGAGCCCGGCAAGAAAACCGACGGCAGCAGUGGCAGGCUGCCGCAGGCCAAGGAGGUGUUGAAUGGGGAGAUGGAGAAGGGCCGGCGUUACGGCGCGCCGGCCUCGGCCGACCUGGGAUUGGGCAAGGCCAGCAGCAAAUCGCUUCCUCACCCUUACGAGUCCAGGCACGUGGUGGUCCAUCCCAGCCCUGCGGACUAUAGCAGUAGAGACCCCUCGGGCGUCCGCGCCUCAGUCAUGGUCCUUCCCAACAGCAGCGCACCCGCAUCCGACCUGGAGGUCCAGCCGGCCACGCACCGAGAGGCCUCCCCCUCCACCCUCAACGACAAGAGCGGCCUGCACCUAGGGAAGCCCGGCCACCACCGGUCGUACGCGUUGUCCCCACACACGGUCAUUCAGACCACUCACAGCGCUUCGGAGCCUCUCCCGGUGGGACUGCCGGCCACCGCCUUCUACGCGGGCACUCAGCCCCCGGUCAUCGGCUACCUGAGUGGCCAGCAGCAGGCUAUCACCUACGCGGGCAGCCUGCCCCAGCACCUGGUGAUCCCUGGUGCCCAGCCCUUACUCAUCCCAGUGGGCAGUCCGGAUCUGGACACCCCAGGGGCAGCCUCUGCCAUAGUCACCACGUCGCCUCAGUUCGUCACCACCGCCCUGCCCAAGAGUGACAACUUUAACCCCGAGGCCCUGGUCACACAGGCUGCCUACCCAGCCAUGGUCCAGGCUCAGAUCCACCUACCUGUGGUCCAGUCGGUGGCCUCGCCUGCCACCGUGCCCCCCACGCUGCCACCCUACUUCAUGAAAGGCUCCAUCAUCCAGCUAGCCAACGGGGAGCUGAAAAAGGUGGAGGAUUUGAAGACCGAAGACUUCAUUCAGAGCGCGGAGAUAAGCAACGAGCUGAAGAUCGACUCCAGCACCGUGGAGCGGAUCGAGGACAGCCACAGCCCCGGGGUGGCCGUGAUACAGUUUGCCGUUGGGGAGCACCGAGCACAGGUCAGCGUUGAGGUUUUGGUAGAGUAUCCCUUCUUCGUGUUUGGUCAAGGCUGGUCAUCCUGCUGUCCAGAGCGAACGAGCCAGCUCUUCGAUUUACCAUGUUCCAAACUCUCCGUUGGGGACGUCUGCAUCUCGCUCACCCUCAAGAACCUGAAGAAUGGCUCUGUUAAAAAGAGCCAGCCCGUGGAUCCUGCCAGCGUCCUGCUGAAACACGCCAAGCCCGACAGCCUGAUGGGCAGUAGACACAGGUAUGCCGAGCAGGAAAAUGGAAUUAAUCCGGGAAGUACCCAGCUACUCUCUGAGAAUGGGGAACUGAAGUUUCCAGAGAGAACAGGAUUGCCUGCAGCAUCCUUCCUCACCAAAACAGAACCCAGCAAGCCCACGGCCACGAGGAAGAGGAGGUGGUCAGCACCCGAGACCCGCAAACUGGAGAAGUCAGAAGAUGAGCCACCUUUGACUCUUCCCAAGCCUUCUCUAAUUCCUCAGGAGGUUAAGAUCUGCAUCGAAGGCCGCUCCAACGUGGGCAAGUAGAGGCCAGGGCCAGCCAAGGAGGCAUGGCUCCCCUCUCCAUUUGUAUCCAGAUUACUGUAUUGUAGGUUAAAUAACACAGUAUUUCCAUGUUACUCUCUUCCUUUAGGUUUCUGUUCUAAACUUGUCAUUAGAGUUACAGCAGGUGUGCUUGCAGGAGGCCGGUGCCUAUGGUUCGUUUGCAGUGUCUGUGGGGAGGAGGCGGGUGGAGGGUGGGUCAGAGCAGAGCAGUGGCCACCAAGCUGGCAUCCGGAGUGGCGUUGCGUGUGUGACGUCACCAGUGCCUGCCUUCUCUGCAGCACCACAGCGUCCUCCUAUGGGCGUCACCUCCCACGCAUCUCCAGAGCAAGUUGAGUGGGAAGACACCUGCAGGGGCUUGGUGGGUGGGUGUCCCUUCGGGGGUGCACGGAUGCCACGGGCAGUAAGUAAGGGUCUCUCUUUUUUCUCUGCCUCCCUCUCAGGAUGGGGAUUGGGGGAGGUCCAGAGCACUGUCCCCAGCCCCUGGGGUUCCCAUUGUAUAAAAUCAACACCAGGAACCCAGCUCCAGGGCAUGGAGGGAAAGUGGCAUCAGAUGGCAGAUGGAAAGCUAGCCGGUUCAAAGAACAUUUUUCUCUCCAACACAUUUUACAAUAAAAGCAACUUUUAAUCAUCCUAUAGAUAUAUAUAUUUCCCCCUAUGGGGCCUGACUGCACUGAUACAUAUAAAUAUAUAUAUAUUUUUUAAGAGCAACUGCCACACGUGGGAUCUUGUUUCUGCGUUACUAGUCCAGUGAUGAGCAGGAGCGAGGAAGGCCUUGGUCCGGUCACUGGGAGUUGGGGUGGGUAGGAGUUGGGGUUGGGGGGAAUGGAUGGAAACACCCACGCUGAUUUCUGUGCAGUGUUAUUUAGACAACCAAUCAGGUUAUUGUAUCCACUUUGUUCCCAAGAGACAGGGGCAAGCUGCCUUUCAGAGAGACCGAGGGGAGCUCUCUGAGUUGAGUUUGCGAAAAAUCUUUUUGUCUUUGAACUCUAGUACUGUUUCUAAGUUUAUGACUGUGGGCAACUGGGGUGCCACGUUUUUUCAGAUUCCAGUGUAACAUGAGGAAAUUAGAUUCUGAAGAUGCGCAUCUAUUACUAUUCUCUAAGCACUUAACGAUGCCGUGCACAUUUAUGACCACGCAUCUUGGUCUGUCAUUUCAACGAGUACUGUAUCUCACUUUAAACUCUUUGGGAAGAGAAAAAAAUCAAAAGGAAAAAAAAAAAACCUAAGUUGCUUUCUUUCAACACUGUAACUACAUUUCAGCUGUUUGGAGUUGCUUACGAGCAAGCUAUUGAAAGUUUUCCAUGUGGCUUAAAGGGAUGAACGUGAAUCAUGAACUAGAAUGUGACAAUAAAUGACCACCACGUUACUACCUGACAGGAGGCACUUGUCACUUUUGAUGUUGGAGAAAGUGAAAGGCAUAAUGCAGAGUUUGGCAGAGAAACAGAGAGAGAAAAAAGGCGUGGAGAAAAGAAUUCUCUUUUUUCUUUUUUUCUGUCCAGUGUUUUUUAAGAUGAACUUUUUAAAGAAUCUUGCGAUUUGCACAUCUUGAGUUUAUAAUUUGUGUGAUAUUCCUGCAGUUUUUAAUCCAAUGAUAUUUGUGGGAAAGGUUGGGAGGAGUGAGCGAGCUUAAAUAAAUGUAGCAAACUUAUUUUCUAACCUGCCUAAACUCUAGGCCAUUUUAUAAGGUUAUAUUUCUUUCAGAAUUCAUUUGGGUCUUUCAUGCAAAGCCAGUUCUUAGCAGGACAACUCCAACAAUUUUUCUUCAGAUUCCUUGAUGUGAGCGAGUGUUUCUUUUCUUUUUUGAAAAAAAAUACAAUUGUUUUAUUAUUGUUAUUCAUGUUAUUUUCAGAAUGACCUUUUUCUUUUCCUCUUUUUUUAAUUUGGAAACAAAUCAACAUUGAAUGUUUGGUACAAACCCAGAAAGUAUAUUUCAUAAAGUUGAAAGCUUUCAUUCCCAGAGAACUGAAAUAUCAUUUGUGGGUUUUGAGUGUAUCUUUAAAGUGCUUUAAAAAAAAGUUUUCUGAGUAGGGAGAAGUUUUGGAAUAUUCUUACUUGGAUGGCUACAACUAACCUAAAUAAAAACUUACUUUGAUUUCUCUUUUACCAUUGGAAAUAGUACUUCUUCUAUUUUACAAUGUAAAAAAAAAAUCCAAAUAGCAUAGCAACCUACAUUGGCUAUGUAGUAUUCAUUUACAUUGAGUGCUCAUCAGGACUAAUGAUUUUUGUAAACCAUUUUCUGGGUGUACCAAAAACAUCUGAGAUAGGCUCCUCUUUCAUGUGGCUUGAAUCCAUUCCCUUCUCAGCAAGCUACCAGAGCUGAGUGGGUUCAUUCUUAGGGUCACACUGCUCAUUUAGUGCUGUGUUGUUUUGUUUUAAUGUUUCUGUCCGGAGAACUUGCUUAAUCUUCCAUAUAUUCUGCUCAGGGCACUUGCAGUUAUUAGGUUUUGUUUUCCACUCCCCCCAUCCCCUUUUUGGUUGUUAUUUUGUUUUUAACUUUUGAUGGCAAAAGGAAUAGGCUGCCACACAGAUUUCAACAAUACCACUAUUUAUAACAGCUUGGGCGGGCUCAGAAUAACACACACCACCUUCUGGCUUCAGUAUUGAACUGAUGAUCUACUAAAACCAACACUAAAAUGGGUGGGAGUGAGGGGAACACAUAGUUUCAGAGCAAUAGGAAAAUCAUCAUUUUUUUUUGUGGUUCAGGUAUAGGAAUUAUAAAAUCAUUGGUUGUUUGGAAACAUUUGUCCCAUUUCAUUCUCUUGCUUUUGUUGUUGUGUUUUUUUUUAAGCACAUGCAAGUCUGUGCCAAUAGAGUAUAAACAGUGUGCUAUAUAGGUAUAUAAGUAAAGCUCACAAUCCGACUGGUGUUUUCCAUGUCCUGUCCAUUCUGCUUGUGCUGGCCAGAAGGACUGGUGGAAAGGAGCCAGGAGUUGUGUGGGGUUGGGGGAGCACAUCUUACCUUUCCUCCCAGCUCUGGAUGCUGACUGCUGGGGUGGGAAGCAAUAGGAGUUUGAGUUGUCUGCAGGCACAUUACAAGAGCAGCAAAGGAGACCUGAAAGAAGAGCCACAGAGGCUCCCAAAAUAGUGAAUGCAGAGUGUGAAACCAGGAAAGGAGGCAGAUGGAUUUCUGACACACUCUGGAGCAAUGUAGGCUGCAAGCAACCCAUGUUCUGUGGCCUUUUUCUGCAAGUGGGCAGGCAUCUCGGGGGAGGGGGGAAUGGUCUGUGUCCUUAAGACUCGGAGCCCUGAGUUUCUGAGUGUGGGCAGCAGGAGUGGCCUGUGUGUGCAUGUGUUCUAAGCAUGCAGCCAAUGGUGGUGGAGAGGACAACCACCAACCACGGCCACCCCCUUGUGUGGCAGCUUUUGCUUCAGAUCAGAAGAACACACAGAGGGCAGCCGGCUCCACUUGUUGGUGUACAUCGUCCAGCCCCGAGACUGGGGGAAGCUGUGGUCACCACCUCUGAGGAUGACAGGGGUAGAAUUUCUUCGGUGCUGCUCUGUUCUGCGUUGGAUGAGCAGCCACGUGCCUCUGUACUGUCUUCAUUGCAAUAUUUUGCAACAACUGUCUUUUGUUCCUCUCUCUUUCCUGUUUUCCAUUUUUUUAAACUAAUAACAGCAGGCCUUUUGCGUUUACAAUGGAACAAUCACCAAGAAAUUAGUCAGGGCGAAAAAAAAAAGAAAAUACAAUAAUAUUAUUCAUAAGAAACCAACAAACAAGAACCUCUCUUGAUAGGGAAUUUCUCAAUAUAUCAAAUGACUGUUCCUUUGAAUGUUUCACUUGAGAGUUAUUUUUCGGUUUGUCUGGUCCACCUUGGGGACAGGGGGGAGAGGGAGGGACACAGAGAUGGAUGCCACUUACCUCAAAUCUUUUCAAAGUGGAAAUCCAGAUUGUAUUUUCCUUUGGACUUUGAGGAUCAUUUUCUAUGUUGGUCCAAUUUUGCUUUUGCCCCCUUCCCUCCCCAACUCACCCAGUUUGGUUUGGGAUGACUGGAGUGGGUGGUGGUUGAUCCAUUGAAUACCUGGAUUGUGACCCUGUGUGUUUUGUCAGGUGAGUGUGUUGGGUUUGCCUCCUCCCUUCUGCCCCCCCCACCUCACUCCCGGAAAUGGCAGCAUCCCUCCUCCUCCCCCUGCAAGGAACUCCGCGGAAACCUUCACACCUCUUACUCAGGGAUGGGCUGGUGUGUUUGGAACACUGAUGCGUCCAGCUGCAGCACUUUGACUGCUCUGGAGUAGGGUUGUACAACUUUAAAGGAAUGUUUGGAUUUCCUGCAUUGUGUGGAUUACUUCCUUAGCUACUGCAUAGGUUGCAAUAUAACACUGCAUGUUCCAGACCCACAGUAGCUCUUCAUCAUCAGAGAAUCCACCUUUGCACCUAGUUUGAUCUUUUCUGAACUAUGUUGCCAAAACAUAUUUUUGUUGUUGGUGUAGUUUUGGAUCUUUUGUUUUCUGUUGUUUUAAGGAAACAAUAGAUAAUCCCCCUUUGAACAUCUUAUGACUACUAAGGAAACCUGUUUGGUCCAGGCUUCUGAAGACACUAAUGCCAUGCUAUUUUCGACUUGGGUGAGGAAGCAGAGCUCUUGGGACAGGCAGCAAACCAGGCUUUUUGAGCUGUGUUGUCAUGGCGACUGUUUACUGAGCCAGGAGCAGUUCAACAAACUUGUCUGUUCUCUCCUGAAACCCAGUGAACUCCCAAUCUCCUAGCCACCCUUGAUGAUUCCAGGUUUAAAACAACAACAAAAUAAAACAGGGCUGGCAGUCUCCAUAGCCUGGUGGUUUCUCUUUGGUGGUUAAUAAUAAUAAUAAUAAUAAUUUAAAAAAAGAAUGCUACUUUUUGUUGUUUUGCAAAGUGAAGUGGAGGCCUUUGCUUCCACAUUUGUGUUUUAUAACCCAGAAUUUCUGAGAUAGAGACUUUAAGAACACAAGUAAUAACUAUACAGAGAAUAUACUUUUUUAUAAAGUACAUGCAUAUGCUAUAUUGUCUUGGGUUGGUUUCCUCUCUUUUCCAUGGGCAGUGUUGUGUUUCUGUUGAUAGGGAAAACUCCAAAACAACUUGCACAACCCUACUUCGGAGCUGAGAUUUCUUUUACAUAGAUGACCUCGCUUAACUAUUGUUACCUUACUGAUAGGGUCUUUCCUCGUAGCACUAUAUACCUUGUGGGAAGUUCUUUUUGUUUUCUUUCAUGUACACCUAAUUUGAGAAGCUGAAGAAAAAAAAUUGAAGCACUCACUUUGAGGAGUACAGGUAAUGUUUUUCUUUUUUAAAAAAAAAUUGCACAAAAGAAAAAUGAAUGUCAAUGAUUCAGUGUUUGAAAGAGACAGAUAUGUCAAACAAUGCGUUUCAUACUUCGUAAAAGACAAAGCAGAAGGAUUGAAAGUUACAUGUUUUUGUUCCCCCUUCUAUUUUCCUUUUUGUUUUGUAUAUAGAAAUUUGUCAUGUCUAGAUGACCAGAUUUGUAUGGCCUGGAAGAAUUAUUACGUAAAAGGCUCUGAAAACUAUUCCUAUGCUUACCUGAGGUUUGUUACUCAGAGUCCUUGUAUGAGGGGAGGGGAAUUCUGCAUUCUGCUAUUUGAAGAAUAAGUUCAUUUGUAGGCUGAAAAUACUUUUUGAAGCUCCCUUUUUAGUCUAAACUCUUAAGCCAUUGCAUCUUUCUUUUCUUCAGAGAAUAUGUUUUAGCAUUUUUUAGCACUUCCUGUUCCUGUGAACCCAAAGAAUAUUAAUCCUGAACAUGAAGUGUUUCUAAAAGGGAUCCUAGCUACCAAGAAAACAGGACUCAUUGUGGGGACAAAAUUAUUAAUCUUCCUUUCCGCCCCCUCUCCUUACACACACACCUCAUUUAAAUGGGGGAGGGGGUGUGAAACAUGAAUUGCAAUUGCAAUGCCUCAUCUUUAGUUUUAUUUGGAUUUUUUUCUUCUUUUCCCAGAGGCCAAAAUAAAUGUGGAGCAAUUUCUCAAUAGUUAUAUUCCUGUCCAAAAAAUUGAUAAAAAAGAAGCUGAACAGUGCCACUGGACAGCUGUGGGUCUACUGAACACACCCCACUCUUUGAAGAGUUCUUAAAUUCAGAAUCGCAUCCCCUCCCUUCUUGUCCAGUGAACAUAACCUGGUAGCUAAUAAUGCACCUGUAUAAGAGAGAGGGAACAUCAGAUUUCGGUUUUUCCUCUCUUCACCUCCAUGGCUUGUAAACAAAUGGUUCAACUGUAUUAAAAUGAAGUACAUUUGGCCAAUAGGAAGUAUCUAUACAAUAACUGUCUCUAAGAAUUCCCAUCACUUUUCUUAUCUGAAAGGACUUUAGUCUUCCACUGCAGAUCCAUCAGAGGCUUUCUCUCCCUUUAGUUUAUUUGCUGUCUGGAUGGCCAAUGAGCCUGUCCCACUUUCCGUGACCAGUCUGAAUGCCUGCGUAGGAAGCACUGUUUACAAUAGUCCUUACCAAGAAAACAAACAUACUGUCCUCUGGAAUACCAAGUCGUGGUGACACUGGCUUUAGAGUUGUUGUCUCUAAAGAUCAGUACCAAGAAGGUUGGUGCAUAGGUUUUUGUUUUGUUUAUUUUUCCCCCUGCUUGGUUCUUACAUGAACCAUCUACUCAUUAAGUUAUUCUCUGGUCCAGGAGUGGGGUAAACUCUUUGUCAGUGAAUCUUGAAUUUGAUACCUGUGCAUCCAGUUCUGUGAAUUCUGCCCUCUUUGGUUGGGUUUCUUCUUCCUCCCCAGCCUGCACUGGUAAAGUGUCAACCCAGGUAGUAUCAACUGAAAGGGUUCAGUAGAGUCCUAUCAGUAUAUGUGGUGGCCUUCGGACAAGAUGGAGUCCCCAAUUUUAAUCAGUGGGGUGCUGGCCCUAAAGCAUCUGAGGUUUAUGCCUCUCGAUGUCUUAAUACCAGAUGACCCACCAAACUUCUGAUCGUAUGCCUCCCAUAGACCAAGGGAGAACAGCUAUAAAAGUUGAGCUGAGGGCACUACUGGCAUGGAGAACUAGGGAAGGAAUGAUGUUCUUGCACCUUAUUGAAAAGAAAAAAAAAUUUAAGUGCAUACAUAGUUAAGAGCUUUUAUUGUGACAGGAGAACCUUUUUUUUCCCCAUAUGCGUGCAUACUCUCUGUAAUUCCAGUGUAAAAUAUUGUACUUGCACUAGCUUUUUUAAAAACAAAUAUUAAAAAAAUGGAAGAAUUCAUAUUCUAUUUUCUAAUCGUGGUGUGUCUAUUUGUAGGAUACACUCGAGUCUGUUUAUUGAAUUUUAUGGUCCCUUUCUUUGAUGGUGCUUGCAGGUUUUCUAGGUAGAAAUUAUUUCAUUAUUAUAAUAAAACAAUGUUUGAUUCAAAAUUUGAACAAAAUUGUUUUAAAUAAAUUGUCUGUAUACCAGUACAAGUUUAUUGUUUCAGUAUACUCGUACUAAUAAAAUAACAGUGCCAAUUG